AUGGCAGUGGAUGGGGUUCGCAGGACCCCUGCGGAAGGGGGACGUUUAAGGGGCAAGCGGAAAAGGAGACACCUGGAAAUGGGGGAGGAGGAGCAGCGGGGCGAGGCGGGGGCGGUGCCGCGUGGUCUGCGAGCCCGGAUAUUCCCUGGGGAGCGCACCUGCGACUUCACCUCCAGUCCCUCCCCGGCUGGGGCAGCGGGGCGCGGGCGCUCGGGAGAGGUGGCGCUGCCUACUCGGCCUCAUCUUGCUGAGAAUGCGACGGGGCGACAGCUUCCUGUCUUUUCCAGUGGCUUUUGGCAUCCCCAGAGGAAAAAACGGGGAGACCCGCUUUGGCCUCAGGAAGCGCAGAAACACUGUCCUGGCUGCGCGCGCAAGGGCGAGAACCUAGGGGACCCGCCUAAAGCGCCGUUGGGGCUGAGCACCGAACUCGCACAGCUCCGGGCAGCGACCCGCGAUGCGGCAUCCUUCCGCCCGGUGGGAGCCCUCCUAGCCCUCAGCGCGUCUAUUCCUAGCUUCGGUCCCCGCAGCCAUAUAAGCAAUGACACCCUCGCCGACUCGCCUGCCAGCUUGGCCGCCUCCCUGCAGAGGGCUGACGCUUCUCCAGAAGUUGUGCCCACUGCCCUCCCUGCUGUGUACCACUUUCUUGCUGCCUGUGAAGGUAUUUGUCCUCACUCUUGUGCUGCUCCUUCAAUGAUAGAACUUUGGGACUUUCUCAUCCAGCAGCACCAGCCUGAAAAAGCAGUGGCUUGCACCAUCACACACAUACCUGGUCUCAGAUAUAAGCUCCAUGAGAACAGCCACCUUGUUUACCUUGUUCAUGGAUACAGAACAGUGCCUGGUGCUCAAUAAAUGAACAGUGAGUGAAUAAGUGAGUGUUGAGUCAUCUAAGUGAGCUUAGAUGAACUGACAAUGAGACUGUGCACAAUGAAGAGAAAGGAGGACUCUUGAGGAAUUCCACCAGCUUGAAGAUGGCUGAAGAAAGAUGACAGAAAGCAAUCAGAGGGAUGGAGGGCAAACCAAGAAAGCAGAGUCAAGAGUAGGAAGAUUGGGAAGUGGUAGACAACAUUAGGAAAUACUGCAGAAAAACCUAAAAGGAUGAGAAUUAGGAAAGACACUAUUGAAUUUGGUCUUUGGGGCUGAAAACAAAAAGGCAGCUGCAGAAAAGAAAUUGGAGUGGAACCCCAUUUGCACAGAAAUUAUGGAGUAAUUAGGACACCAGGCAGAAAGUUUGGCAAUGAAUGGAAGGAGAGAUGACAGCCUUGGGCAUUCGCUCACAGAACGCAAGGACAUUCAUUCUUAAUUCAGUAGAAAAGUGUCGCGUUGUUACUGUCUCAAGUGGAAGCGCCCUCUCACUCCUUCAUUGUCCUAAGAGAACAAAAGGGGCCUUGAAUUUCAUGACUGCCCCAGUGAUGCUUCUGAGAGCUUGAGCUUUGGAAUCAGACUGCCCACAUUCAAACCCCAGUUCUUCCUAUUGCUGGCUGUGUGAUUUGGGGAAAAUUACUUGAUUCCCUAAGUUUUCUCAUCUGUGAAAUGGGGAUUCACUCAGUUAGUGAAUAUUAUUCAGCUCCUACCAUGUGCAGACACUGUUCUAGUGGGGGAUUCAGCAUACCAGCAGUAAAUGGAUCUCUGUACAAUGCCAAAAACAUGAAGCCAACUAUUCAUAGUAUUUUUAAGUGAUAUCCUGGUGCUGCUUCCAGGAAGAUGGAGUAGAUAUACUUUUCCCUAUUGCUCCCACUAAGUACAACUAAAACCCUGGACAUUAUGUAUAAACAUGCAUAAGAAGAUGCUGAAAGGUGGUAAGAAAGCAGACUGGCCAGGGACUUUGCGAUCCAAGGAACAACCUGGUGAUGAGUUUCCUGUACCCCAGACUUGGACUAAAGGAGCUGGCAACCCAGAAAUGCCAACAGGAGCAAAUAAAAAAUCCCCAACAAAAGCCUGUUUCUCUAGACAAAGGACUAGGACAGGGGCAGCCUAACAAAACAGAAAACUCUUAGUAACAACUUACUCCAGCUAAAUAGCACAGAAAAACCUAUGGUCCACUCCCACCCACACUACCCAAGGGUGUGGGAGUCCAGGCUAUCACAAGGGGCCUCGCCUCCACUGGUGUGGUAUCAGCAAAAGCCACAGGGAGCUGGUUCUUUCAUCCCCAUCUGACAAAAGGCUCCCGCCCCCAUGGUGUCAGCGGAGACCACACUGGGAGCCUGAACUUCCACCCACUCACAGCUGUAACAAGGCAGUCCCUCCACCUCCCUGCUGGGGUGGUGUCAGAGGAGGCCAAGUGGAGAGUCAGGACUUUCACCAUAGCCCAGUGACAAUGAAGCCACCUCCCUAUGGUGUCAGUGGAGGCCAUAAGGAACAGUAACGAGGCCUAGUGGGAAUCCAGAACUGCCACCCUGCCCAGCAGUAACCAGGAGCCCCUCCCCUCCGUGUGGACAGAGGCCAAGUGCUGAAGCUGGACUUUGCUCCCCCUAGCCCUGCUAGGUGGCUAUUAGAACAGCCAGCUAAAACUGGUUUCACCAAGACAGAUUUAGGAAGACAGUGCCCCGGGCAGGAAAAUGAAGGCACGGAGAGGUUAAAUGUAAUAACUUGCCAGUGGUCAAUCAGUAGGCAGCAGAGGAGCCAGCAUAUAAACCCAAGCUGCCCAGCUGCAGAACCACAUUCUUGUCCCAUAUGCUAUGCCUCUCAAAAAAGGAGGCCCUCUCCUUGGGACACAAAGGUAAUAAAAAUGCCUGCCCUGAGCUGUGUCUCUGUCUAGGUACACAGUUCAUGAGUGAAGGAGCUCCUGGAGUCAUGAAUAAUGGAAGUCUAGAUUGGUCAAGUAACUUGUCCCAGCCCCAGCCCAUGCAUCUGGUAUGUGGUUGGACAGGUUUCUAACUCAUUAUGUAACAUCAAGAACAUUUUAAACUGCUUUGAGACAUUUGUGAAUUAAGAUCUCAAUAAAUAGUCCUCCCUGGCACCAGCUCCAUCCACAUUAAAUGAGACUUGAAAAUUUCUUUGAAUGGAUAUUAGUUUAGAAGGAGCUAAGUUAUUAGUUGGCCUCACAUUCCUCAGUUGGGCCCUGGGCCCAGCAUGCCACUUCUUCUGGUUAUUAUGGUUCACAUCUGAGGUAACCCAUCGGGAAACUGGAUGGGACAACAAACUAAAAAUGUUUUAGUUUGGACCUGUCCAAAACCAAGAGAAUAAAAACAAAAUGGAUAGUCAAGAUGA